AUACAAAUAUUACCCAGCAUGCCUCUUUCUUCCUUUCUCUACCCCUGUCCACCAUGCCUAAAGGAAAGAAGGCCAAGGGGAAGAAGGUGGCACCAGCCCCUUCCGUCGUGAAGAAGGCAGAAGCCAAGAAAGUCGUGAACCCUCUGUUUGAGAAGCGGCCCAAGAACUAUGGCAUUGGUCAGGAUAUUCAACCCAAGAGGGAUCUUACUCGCUUUGUGAAAUGGCCCCGUUACAUCAGACUUCAGCGCCAGAGGUCUAUCCUGUACAAAAGAUUGAAGGUUCCUCCUGCAAUCAAUCAGUUCACCCAGGCCUUGGACCGCCAGACUGCUACUCAGCUAUUUAAGCUGGCUCACAAAUAUCGACCGGAAACAAAGCAGGAAAAGAAGAAAAGAUUGCUGGCUCGUGCAGAACAGAAAGCUGCAGGCAAAGGAGAUGUCCCUACCAAGAGACCUCCUGUAGUCCGUGCAGGUGUUAACAGUGUCACAACUCUGGUGGAAAACAAAAAGGCUCAGCUUGUGGUGAUUGCACACGAUGUGGAUCCAAUUGAGCUGGUUGUCUUCCUGCCUGCCUUGUGUAGGAAAAUGGGAGUCCCAUAUUGCAUCGUCAAAGGCAAAGCUAGAUUGGGCCGUCUGGUACACAGGAAGACCUGCACCAGCCUUGCUUUCACCCAAGUCAACGCUGAGGACAAGGGAGCUCUUGCUAAACUGGUGGAAGCUGUCAAGACCAACUACAAUGAUAGAUAUGAUGAGAUCCGUCGUCACUGGGGCGGUGGCGUCUUGGGUCCCAAGUCAGUGGCUCGCAUUGCCAAACUUGAAAAGGCAAAAGCCAAGGAGCUCGCCACAAAGCUGGGUUAAAUGUACCGUGCGUGUUCUGUACAUAAACAUUAAAAAAAUCUUUAAAAUCCAUAC